AUGUCGUCGAUAGCUUCCGUUGUAGCCCGCGCCCUCUCCCCCGUCCCCGACGUAUUCAGCGUCGCUGGUGGGUUGGACAUUCAGUCCGACCAUGCGGCUGUCGCCCGCCGUGCCGCUCUUCAAGGCGCACGAACGGUGGACGGUCUCAUCGACCUAAUCCCUGGUGAUUUCGUCGAGGUCCUCCGGGAGCCACUUCGUGGCAUCGCCGGCACGACUAACAAGUUGUGCUCGGCCCGGCUCACUCUAGUCAAGUGGGAGGCCCAUAAAAAGGCCGGGACCAUGCCUGCGCACUUGUUUCGGCAAGCGCCCGAGGUCCAGCUGACCGCGGACUUCGGCUCCUCCCCCGAUGCGUUGAUGCAUCGUAAAAACCUAGAGGACGCUCACAAGGCGUACCUCGCUGGUCUCCUCGACUCGGCCCUUGCGGCCAAGCGGGAUGACAUUAGGUUCCUGGAGGCGGCAUUGACCCCCGAAAAGUUGUACGAGAGGCUCUCGCCGAUCGUUAUUGAGCACGGACAGGUAGUGUUGCGCAACCGUCGUGUUGCCAACAUCAAGUUCAGCGCCGACAACAAAGUAGAGGGGCUCACCUGGGUGGAAGACGCUCAGAAGGUCGCGGAAUGCAAGAAUUUGCUGGCCGACGUCGUGGUGUACGCCUUCAGGGUAAUCUCCAUUGUGGAGUUAGCCUCUCACGCGACGUCGGCGAAACAAGACCGAAAGAAGGCACUAGCAAAGGCAGCGGAUGUAGAGAUGGCUGAUGCCACUCGGGCCGGCCCUUCGAUUCAAUCGAUGGUCGAUCGAGCAGUCGCCGCUCGCCUUAAGCAGGUCGAUAGGAAGCCGGGCCGUAAGAGUGUG